GGGAGGAGCAGAGAGGCUGUGGGAGCAGAGACGCUGCAGGAGCAAGUCCAAGCCUGUCCCUAGCAGCUGUGCCGAAGCAGGUUUCAGAGCAGGUGUCUGGUGUGGAGGAGGUAGGCAAGGGAAGGGAGGAUUUCUGCUCCCAGAGGAAAGGAAGAGAGAGAAGAAGCUUAAAGCACCAUCUGAGGAAGGACAAAGGGAUGCAGGCUAAGGCAGUAGCUACAAGGGGUGGAACUCAGCUGCUGUCCUCAGCCAGCUUCCCAAAAGCAGCCUGGCCAGCAGCUGCAGGGAGGUGGUUGGGUCCCAAUCCUGGAGAUACUGCAGGGCCCCAGCCAGGCGAUGGCUUCCACCCAGCUGGCCUGCACCAACCCCUGCCAGGCGAAGUGCCCCCAGCCGCUGGCCAGCAGCACCAAUGAGCCCUGCGUGGUGGCCUGCGGCGACUCCCGCGUGAUCAUCUACCCCCCCCCCGUGGUCGUCACCUUCCCGGGGCCCAUCCUCACCACCUACCCGCAGCAGACCCUUGUGGGCUCCGCCGAGGUGCCCGCGCCAGAGGCUCCGGCGGCAGCUCCUCUGCCCGUGGCGGGGAGGCUGGAGGCAGCAGCUGACAAACUUGGCCCUCAGGUGCUCAGCAGGCCUGAGCCACGCAGUGCCCCCAGGUACUCCUACACCUACUCCUCCCAAUGGACACAUCCCUGCAGCUCGCAGCGCUCUGGGAAGCGCUGGGCACGCUGAGCUCUGCCGCCCCUGCCCCAGCAGCUGGGAGAAGCAGCCAAGAAAACUCCAGACGCAAACUGAGGGAGGAGCUGCUUGGCACCAGCUGGCACCUGGUUCCAGCGGCAAAGAGUGGGAGCUGCCAAGCUCAGCACCUGCCCAAGGCAGCCCCAGGUCUGCAUUUGCUCAUUUUCCUGUAGUUUAGACCCGUUCUCCUCUGGCUUUAGGCAUCUGCUUCCAUUGUGCUCUGUGCUGUGCCAGUUCUAUCCUUGGCACUGACCUCAGGGAGGUGACUUCAGGGUGCCAGGAGAUGCACCCAGCAGCUGCUCCAAAGGAGAGCUCAGGAUCUUUACACACACACUGCAGCACCUUGAGCCUGGCGAUCAGCAGCCCUGGGAGGGUGGUUCCCAUCUCCUGUGCUGCUCCAGGGCAGCUCUCUCUUUCCAAAUAAAUUCUCUGUACCAAA